AUGGAAAACAAUAUCACUUUCGUGACAGCGUACUUCUACAUCGAGACGUUCCUAAAGGGUACACACAGCCGUGGAAUACAACAUUAUCAGGCAUGGGUAGAAGAAUUCUCUAAACUUGAAAAUGAUUUGAUUGUUUUUACAGAUUCACAUGAAAUAGAAAAUAUAAUAUGGAGAGCGAGAAGCCAUCUUCCUAUGCACAAAACAAAUAUUUAUUUCACAAACCAAGCGGAUUUGUGGGCAUUCAGCUUUUCAAUUCAAAUUAAAGAAAUAUUCGCGCAGCCAGGCUAUCCAAAGCACCACCCAAACACAGUGAUAGAACAGUACGCUUGUGCCAUGCACGCCAAAUACGAGUUGAUAGAAAGGGUGAUACGAGAGCGCAUGUUUCGGACAAAGUAUUUGGCGUGGAUCGACAUAGGCUACUUCCGCGUCAGAUUUAAGAAACCGUUCCAACUCCAAAUUCCGCCAGACUUCAAAGAUGAUCACAUCGCAUUUAGUCAGAUGAAUGCAUUUCAGUCGCACAGUGCUUUUACAAUCAUUAGCGAAGAUGCUGUUUGGGUAGCAGGCGGUAUGUUUAUAGGAAGACCGGAGUAUUUAAAAAUAUUCGUUGAGGACUACAAGCGAUUAGUUGAAUUAAUGAUCGCGAGGCGUCUGAUGGCUACAGACCAAAACUUGUUGUAUAUAAUGUACACAAAAGCAGAACACGUGUUCCCGCGGGUACCCUUGCAGACAUACAGCGCCCCUUGUAAAUGUGACUGGUUCUAUCUUGGAAACCAUUGUCGUCAUGUUUAUCAGAUGUCACAAGUAGUACGUCGUCGGAGGGCUGCAGGGAGAGGACAACUUCUUAGUGUUUAUCAGCAGUAUAUUUAG